AUAUGAUCACAGGUGUGUGAAGCUACAAGUGCUUAACCAAAUCUUCCCUUUCAGAGUUUUUUAUUUCUCCUUUAAAUGUUGCAGUAUUUUGGUGUCAUAGUCCUGCGUUUACCAAUGAAUUACUCGCAUGUUCCCAUCACCUGGUUCCAUUUACCUGGCGUUCCUCACCUGGCUGCUCCCUCAUCUGCUUACCCCUCCCUCACCUGGACUCAACCCGACCUGGACCCUUUCCACCCAGCGCUCUUCCUCCUGGCGCUCUCCUUCAUGAGAAGCAAAUGAGGAAUUACCACAAUCCUAAGCUGCUCAACUCGCCCCGUGAUUCCUUCGCCCUCAGCCUCAUCCUUUUAUCCUGCUGCGUCAUUCCCGGCCACUGCUGAAGUAGCUACCCGGUACGUGUCGCCGCAUCCUCGACCAUUCCUAACCAUUUCCUUCAGUGAAUGAAAAUUGAUUGCGCCACGCUCCCAAGAAAUUCUAAUUGGCAAAAGAGAACAACAGCAUGGUAAGGACAGAUAAACCGAAAGACAGACGCCACUGAGAAAGUUUUUUUGUGUGUUGGUGGAAUGGUUUGAGUAAAGGCGCUACAUUCCACUGUAAACUAGUGAAGGUGAAAAAUAAAACUUGAUGUGAUGCAAAAAGUCCGGUGAGAACAAGAAAAGGGAAACAGUGUAAAGUUGCUUUUGAUUAAGUGAACGUUAUUGAGAUAUGUGAUAGUAAACGAGUGCUAAGUGAUCCGCCUCUCCAAUGACGAGCUGAAGGGAGACGUGAGAGAUUCUGGUGAUCGAGAAACAUCGUCGGCUGGAGAGAUGAGCAAUAACAAUACGAUGACGACCAUAACUACGACGACGACGACUGGGGCAACAGCCUCUGAACAGUUGCUCGCCCUCUUCAGUGCCUGCGACAAGCAAGGUAAAGGCUUCAUCGUGCGGGAGGAGCUGCGGGACUUGUGCUCCAGCUUGGCCAUUGCUGACGAGGACUCCGAUGUCAUAUUCACUGACCUAGACCAAGAUAAGGACGGCAAGAUCAGCUACAAGGAGUUCUCCAAGGGAUUCAUUGAGUUCCUCCACCGCGACACCGAGAAGACAGAAAAGCAGGUCUCCAAUGGAACCAACGGAACGGAGGAGAGAGAGGACGCGCCGGAACAGACUGAGGGGAAGGAAGGCUGUGAGCAGAGUGAAAGGCGCAGGCGGGCGAGCGUUCAUCAGGCGUGGAGUGCUCUCACCAGCAACCUGCCCGAACUCUCCAAGUCGUGCCUCGUAACAAGCAAGAGCGGCGCUCAGAUCAAGGAGUUACUGACAGACCUGCAAACCUCGGCACCUGAAGAUGUCACCUCCCGCGUCAGCACUGUUCUGUCCACGCUGCUGCAGGAGAUCGAGCAGGUUCAGGAGCACCACAAAAGGCUCGAGGUGCUUUAUCAGAAAGAGCGGCAGCACCACGCCACUGCACUCAAGUCCCUGGAGAGCGAGCUGGAGGACCAGGUGGCCAAGGUGGAGCAGAAGGCGAAGAUGGAGGCGCGGCAGGAAAGUGAGGAGGAGAAGAGACAGCUGCAGGACCAGAUGGAGCAGGAAAUGGCGGAGCUGCAGACACAUUUGAAGAUAUUUCAGAAGGUGGACUCAUGGCUCAAGAAGGAGGAGGAGGGCGGCGGGGACAGGGUGCAGGAGGUAAGGAGGAAGCUGGAAGAUGCAUAUCAUGACAACCGUACCCUCAACAUGACCCUACACGAGACGACAGCAAAUCUAGGCCUAAUGAGAUCAGACUUGGCUCAAAUGCGACUUCAAUAUGAGGAGAAGUGCAGGGAGUUACAUAACGAGCGGGAGACGGUGCUGGAGUAUAUGCACCAAUACGAUCACAUGAAGAGGCAGAUGGAGCUUUUACAUGAGGCCAACAAGAGGCUGCAGGACACCAAUGACAGUAUGCGCAGCGCUCUGGAGACGGAAUGGCGCCACUCCCCCUUGACCUCCCGAGCCUCCAGCACCAGGUCCAACUCCCUGCAGCGGUCCAAGGAGCGCAGAAGGAGCCACAGCCGCUCCAGGUCGCCGCACGUACCCAUUCUCUCUUCUCAGGACAGUGAAGGGGGACUCAAGUACGGCAUCAGGAGACUUAUGGACGACCUCGACUCCGGCCUCUCUACACUGCCAGACUCAGCCGAGGACGGACCGCACUCCCACGACGAACUCAAGUUUUCUGAGCCUGAGGGACCCAUGUCGCUGGAGGAGGAAAUCUGUAGCCUAGAGUCAAGGUCACCGCCCAUCACUCAAGCAGCAGACCACGCCCCCACCCACCCCACCUCCACGCCCUCUUCCGCCACGCCCUCGCCCCCACCUAUUCACGAAACCGGCACUCCCACGUUAAAAUCCAGGCGGACGAGGCGGGAAGGCAGCGAUAAAAAUGCAUCCAGCCUCGAGCACCAUGACAACGCCCAGGCCAAAGUCGCAAGCAACGAGGUGAUGGGGCCCCCGGAGAGGACUUACAAAGUGGUAUUCGCCGGCGACGCUGCAGUAGGGAAGUCCACCUUUAUCGUCAGGCUGUGUAAAGGCUACUUCGUCAACAACAUUGCCUCCACUCUAGGUGUGGACUACAAGGUGAAGACGCUGAGUGUAGACGAGAAGAAUAUUGCCAUCCAGCUGUGGGAUACUGCGGGCCAGGAACGCUUUCGCUCCAUCACCAAGACCUACUUUCGGCGCGCUGACGGUGUUCUGCUACUCUUCGACGUGACCAGCGAACGAUCCUUCCUGAACGUGCGCCAGUGGAUCCAGAGCAUUGAUGACACGUGCCAAACCCGCGUGCCCCUCGUGCUGUGCGGCAACAAGGAGGACAUGAGGGCCACCGCCGCGGCAGACGGCAGAAGCACCGUCAGCCUCACAGAAGGAGAGAAGCUCGCCAGGGACUGUGGAGCGUUCUACAUCGAAACUUCGUGCAAGACUGGCAUAGGUGUGAUGGACGCCCUGGUGCAGCUGGCGAGACAAAUGGUGACAACCGAGGACGUGGAGAUACAGACUUCAGCCCUCAAAGUGUGCGCCGCUGACCAGAAGAGAUCCUGCUGCGGUGGGAGAAAGGAUGUGUGAGUCUGACGGCGGCGCAGAAGAAGGAGAAAGAAAGAGAGGGAGGGUUGAAAGGAAGGAACAUGACAAUACGACAGGGAAAAACAAAGUUAAGGG